AUGACCAAUAGUAACGCGGCGGAUUUAGGCAAGCUAUAUGAGAACAAGAGGACACAGAACCCCCUAAAAGACUGCUCGCAUAAGGGCAGCCCCCUCGAAGUGGAGACGUGGCACCAACUGGUGACAGACGUGCUACAAGCAAUGGAAAGAGUCCCUAAGAUAAUGCCCCUAAACUCACCCCAGCGAGAGAUCCAAGAGAAGGGGGGUUAUGCACAGGUUCCUAACUGGGGCAAACUCAUCUCAGGCAGAUUAUGCCAAGGGUCAAGCAUCUCAAACGAGUGGAUGGGGGCCCUGACCUGCAUGAUAGGAAUAUGGAGUGAAGGCGAAACCGAAAAUUCUGGCAACCAAACACAACUUCCGGAAGCAUGUCAGCGGCUGUUAAAUCACAUAAAACUGAAAGAGUCUCAAUGGGGGACGUGGCUAACGGACGAGUCCAGCAAGUCUCGAGAAUUUUGUGAAUUAGGCCAAGAGGAAGAGAGGAGGAACAAAAUCGAAACAGGGAAGAUUACACUAGUCUUGAGUCUUUAUGGAGCUCUAAAGACCUUAUGUCCCAAAUGUGGACCAUAUCACAUGAACCGAUGGAUCAAGGAAGGCAUCGGAGGAUCUUCUAAGCGGAAAAGGUUAUAUUGUAUAUUGGAAAAGGACAGAUUAAAGUGUGACCCCCAAUUAUCAAGACUAAACGGCGAAAGAGCAUAUUUAGUAUAUCAACCUAACAAGGAAAUUAUAUCAAAUAUCUGUAAGACUCAACACAGGUUAGUUAUGAACCAACCAGAAGAACAGCCACAAUUUGCUACCGCACAAACCCGUCCACUCCCCAGCAACGGCGCCCAUCCGGGGCCGCAUAACUCCGGCAUCGUAUGGGACCACAUCGUACCCUCCGACAGCAGUAACCAGAAACAACAACAGGAUCAACAAGAAAGCCAACUAAAGGAAUACUUAACGGGAACCGUCAGUAGGAGGGGGGCAGCCCCAGCGAAGAUAGGGGAAUUACAGAGAAGAGACCCAAUCCCAGGGGGCCAAGGAUCUGUCAAAGCUCAGAACGAGCCGUCCAAACAGGAAAAUACCCAAGCGGCCGCAGCCGCUGAAAAUGUUGAUAAAGGAAGCUGGGCAAAGGAGUCAACAGAAGAAAACCCUGAUAAAGGCUGGGCAGCAGCGAAGGCUAACAACUUGCCAAGGAUGAUUGGGGGAGUUAUUGCCGCUAUAAUCUUGGGAGUGUUAGGAUUUUAUGGGACAUGGAGGAUAACGAGAUAUACCAACCAAAGGACCUCCAAGAGGUUGUGGAGGACAAGAGUCCCAGUUGGAUAUUCUCCUUUAGACAAAACCAUAGAAGGAAGACUUUGGUCUGGAGAGCAAUCCUUUUGA